AUGGACGAGCUCAGCCAGGACCCACACGCUGCCAUGUCCAUGGAGGGUUUGGGGGCUGGGGACAUGGGCUAUUGCAGCUGCAAUCCUGCCUGUUCUCUGCUCCCUCCCCUGCAGGCACUUCUCCUCUGGGACAGCCCAGUUGCAGCCUCCAUCCAAGAGCAGUACUGUGAGAGCCUGGCACCAGCCACCAACCACACGGGACCCCAGUGCAACGCCUCUGUGGACCUGAUCGGCACGUGCUGGCCCCGCAGCGCGGUGGGGCAGCUGGUGGCCCGACCCUGCCCCGAGUUCUUCUAUGGGGUGCGGUACAACACCACCAACAAUGGCUACAGGGAGUGCCUCACCAACGGGAGCUGGGCAGCACGGGUCAACUAUUCCCAGUGCCAGGAGAUCCUCAGUGAAGAGAAGAAGAGCAAGCUGCACUACCACGUCGCAGUCAUCAUCAACUACCUGGGGCACUGUGUCUCUCUGGGGGCUCUCCUGGUGGCCUUCGUGCUCUUCAUGCGCCUGCGGAGCAUCAGGUGCCUGAGGAACAUCAUCCACUGGAACCUGAUCACAGCCUUCAUCCUGCGCAACGCCACCUGGUUCGUGGUGCAGCUCACCAUGAACCCCGAGGUGCACGAGAGCAACGUGGUCUGGUGCCGUUUGGUCACUGCUGCCUACAACUACUUCCACGUCACCAACUUCUUCUGGAUGUUUGGGGAGGGCUGCUACCUGCACACGGCCAUCGUGCUCACCUACUCCACCGACAAGCUCCGCAAGUGGAUGUUCAUCUGCAUUGGCUGGUGUAUCCCCUUCCCCAUCAUCGUCGCCUGGGCCAUCGGGAAGCUCUACUACGACAACGAGAAGUGCUGGUUUGGGAAACGAGCAGGAGUUUACACUGACUACAUCUACCAAGGCCCCAUGAUCCUGGUGCUGCUGAUCAACUUCAUCUUUCUGUUCAACAUCGUCCGAAUCCUCAUGACAAAGCUCAGAGCUUCAACCACGUCAGAGACCAUCCAGUACAGGAAAGCAGUCAAGGCCACGUUGGUGCUGCUGCCCUUGUUGGGAAUCACCUACAUGCUGUUCUUUGUCAACCCAGGGGAGGAUGAGAUCUCCAGGAUUGUCUUCAUCUAUUUCAACUCCUUUCUGGAGUCCUUCCAGGGCUUCUUUGUCUCUGUCUUCUACUGCUUCCUGAACAGCGAGGUCAGAUCAGCCGUGAGGAAGCGCUGGCACCGCUGGCAGGACAAACACUCCAUCCGGGCCCGGGUGGCUCGGGCCAUGUCCAUCCCCACCUCUCCCACCCGGGUCAGCUUCCACAGCAUCAAGCAGUCCACAGCUGUCUGA